AUGUCGCAGUCUCCAGUUUUUACGGCAGUGCACGACGCCGCGACCGCAGAAUGGACAUUCGACUGUGAAGCGCAACGCUUCACCCCGUGUGCCACUAAUACACCGGGAAUGUUUGUAUCUCCCGUGUUUGCCUCGCCUGGCCGGACGACUCUAACCUCUGCCGGCAUACCACACCGGGCGCUGUACACAUCGUCGCAGACACCUUCUACGGCAUUCUACGCUCAACAGAAUGCCCCUUCAGCACAGGACCCCGGAAACCCCGAGUUCCUACCGCACAGCAUGGACCACGCGGCUGGCCAGUUUCUGGGUCCACAUGCACGGCUGCCGUUUAACGUGCCCCCCUUCCCGCCGGUCGAAGGGACACUCACGCCAACCGUGCCGGACCACUUAUACGCCUACCCGUCCUUCCGCCCCGCGCACACCUCCACCUCGGGCGACGCACCUGCUGUGGUUCCACCCCGUCACUCGGCGCUCAGUCGCGAUCUCGCGCCUGCCGCGCCGUGCUUGUGGUGUGGCCGCACAGAUUCCGUGCCUAGAUGGACUGGAUACCACGUCUCGCCUACACAGCUAACGGACGUUCAACGCAACACAUCGCCUGCCACUGAGGCACAUUUCGCACCAGUGAACACCGUGCAGAAUCCCCGUGCAUUUCGUGCCCCUCCUACAGCCCCGCAAACACUGGCCCCCGGCCAUGUUAGUGUCAUACCUCCCACAUUUUCUGUAAAGGACACGACACCAACAAAACUGUCCCUUCGAGCAGCAAGUAAGGCGACACUUCGUGUCAAGGGUUUGGCCAAGUUACCUAUUGAACUCAUACCUGGUAAACAGUUGACGUGGUCCUUCUACGUGGCUGAUGUCGAAGAUCCAGUAUUAGGCAUCGACUUCCUUUUCCACUUCAGACUGUCUCCAGAUCUUCAGUCAGUCGCAUUAUUGCACCACACCUCGUCCACGCACAUUGCAUGUUCAGUCGCUUCUUCGGCCCCCCCUCCCCCUCGGCCGCCCGACGACCUGGGCACAGCUCCCAUCAAGUGCUCUUCAUCGGCAGACAGCCUCACGAUUUCCACCGCCCACCUCCAGCCUGAACGCCCUGCAGUCGACGAUCUCCGUCCUCACAACGUCGAACGGAACCGUGCCAGAUCAUCGGCUACACAAGCCCUCACCGGGGCACGACGCCUCGUACAACGACUGCCAACGUCGCCACCACCUGACACCGGAGAUGCACCUCGUGGAACUUUGUCAACACCGAAGCAGACUGCUUCCCUGGCACAUAAGGUUAGUGACUCUUGUGUGCUACCGAUCCCCGUUCACGACGGCCCCAAAAUGAGUUCUCCAGCCAAGCUGAACGCUAUUACGAAUGGCACAACACACAAAAUUGUGACGACAGAUGGGCCUCCAGUGCGCCAUAAAGCGUGCCGACUGCCACCACAUAAACUACGCCUUGCUAAAGCCGCAGUGGAGGAACGUCUAAGGACAGACAUUAGAAUAAAUAAACCAAAGAGCAACAAUUUUACAAUCCGCGAGAGAGUUGGACGUGAAACUGUCGCGCAAAAACGCGGGGCCCGAAUUUGCAGUGGCCACAAAUAUAAAAUUUUAUGUAUUUUUCUUUCAGUGGUGAUUGUUAUGUAUGUGUAG